AGAAGCGCCCGGGGGGCGGGGGAAAGAGAGGAGGGAGUAGGGUGCUGCUGGGGCGCAGGUCAGGAGGGCCCCCUCCCCUGGCUGUCUCUCCGCCUAUAAGGCGCCCACCCAGGUCAGAGAGCCCGGGGGCAGGACCAUGAAGAGGAAGAGACGGGGCGGCCAGCUGCGCGGAGGGCAUGGGCGCCGCUGAUCAGCCAAGCAAGUCACGUCUGGGGCGAUCGGGUCGGUUUUUUUCCUCUCUCUCCCCUUUUCCUUUCUUCACCUCCCUCGUGGUGGAGGGCAAAGUGGAUGUAGCAGCGCCAUGCCCGGGCUGGAGUGAGAGCGAGCGAAGAUGGCGUAUAUACAGUUGGAGCCAUUAAAUGAGGGCUUUCUUUCUAGAAUCUCUGAUCUGCUGCUGUGUAGAUGGACCUGUCGCCACUGCUGUCAAAAGUGUUACGAGUGUAGCUGCUGCCAGUCCAGUGAAGAUGAAGUUGAAAUCUUGGGACCUUUCCCUGCCCAGACUCCACCCUGGUUGAUGACCAACCGGAAUGAAGACAAGAAUGGGGACUCAGACCACACCGCCAGUGAGGCUCCUCCAACCCCACAGGAUGAUUCCUCAGAUAGGAGAUGCUCGUCUUCAGAUACAUCAAAGUCUGCAUACAGCCUUACCCGGAGGAUUUCAAGUCUGGAGUCCAGACGGCCCAGCUCACCACUAAUUGACAUUAAACCCAUUGAGUUUGGGAUUAUCGGAGCCAAGAAAGAAAUCAUCCAACCAUCAGUGCUGAGAAGGACCUACACCCCUGAUGACUAUUUUAGAAAGUUCGAGCCCAGACUAUACUCCCUUGACUCUAACAGUGAUGACAUGGACUCCCUGACUGAUGAGGAGAUCUUAUCCAAGUACCAGCUGGGUAUGCUGCAUUUCAGCACCCAGUAUGAUCUGCUGCAUAAUUACCUAACAGUGAGGGUUAUUGAGGCCAGGGACCUACCACCUCCCAUCUCCUAUGAUGGCUCUCGACAAGAUAUGGCUCACUCCAACCCCUACGUGAAGAUCUGCCUCUUGCCAGACCAGAAGAAUUCCAAGCAGACGGGUGUGAAACGCAAGACCCAGAACCCGGUGUUUGAGGAGCGCUACACCUUUGAGAUCCCAUUUCUAGAAGCCCAAAGAAGAACUUUGCUUUUAACUGUAGUGGAUUUUGAUAAAUUCUCACGUCACUGUGUCAUUGGGAAAGUUUCCGUGCCUUUAAGUGAAGUGGACCUGGUGAAGGGGGGGCACUGGUGGAAAGCCCUGAUUCCCAGUUCUCAGAACGAAGUGGAGCUGGGAGAGCUGCUGCUGUCAUUGAAUUAUCUACCAAGUGCUGGAAGAUUGAAUGUUGAUGUGAUAAGAGCCAAGCAGCUUCUUCAGACAGACAUGAGUCAAGGCUCAGACCCCUUUGUGAAGAUCCAGCUGGUACACGGACUCAAACUUGUGAAGACCAAGAAGACUUCCUUUAUGAGAGGCACAAUCGAUCCCUUCUACAAUGAGUCAUUCAGUUUCAAGGUCCCACAGGAAGAACUUGAAAACGCCAGCCUAGUAUUUACAGUGUACGGCCACAAUAUGAAGAGCAGCAACGACUUCAUCGGGCGCAUCGUCAUUGGCCAGUACUCUACUGGUUCCUCUGAAUCCAACCAUUGGAGGCGGAUGCUGAAUACCCACCGGACAGCAGUGGAGCAGUGGCACAGCCUACGGUCCCGAGCUGAGUGUGACCGAGUCUCCCCUGCCUCUCUUGAGGUGACGUGAAUUCCUGGGUGAUUUCUUUUCCCCAAAAAUAUUGAGAGGGAAAAAAGGCUGACAUACACACGUGCACAUACUAUACAUAUGAGUACAUGCAUACAUAAUCGCUGAGGAAUUGAGACCGAUGGACACAACUACUGGUAUCAACAUGACUGCCUUUGAUAAGGUGCCUCAAAAGACAUUCCUGUGGCCCAUUUCCAGAUGAUGGGAACUGUGUCCAUUGUUUCUUCUCUGGGACCUAGUGGACACACCCUCUGAUGUUGCUACCCCCUCCAAUCUUUGCCCCACGGCUUCACUUUCAAUGCCAAGGGCACUUUUGAAUUAAUAAGAAGAAGGCGGCCCAACCUCUAUCUGACUGGUCUGCUUGGUGUCGGGUCAGAGGAUGGGAGGGUUAUUGUCCAAUAGGAAACUUUUGAAAUAGUCACUGUCUGCUGACAGUGAGUGCACACCCGAUUCUCUUUCCCAGAGGUUUAAGUAUCUAUGUGUUCUCUUGGUGAAUGUGAUGAGUAGAUUAGACUGUUUGGGAAAAAAAUCCAAUAUAUAUAAUGUGGUAAAAUAACUUCUGACUUAAUGGAUCUGUCCUCGUGUUAGCUUAUUACCCUAGGACUCUUGGUUUGUGUGUUCAUGUUCUUGUCUAAAUGCACACGUGUGUGAAUAUGUGUGUACCUGAGUCCUCUUGUGUGGAAGAUGGCGUGCUGGGACCCAGAUCUCUUGCCUUCCCUCCUGAAUGAUUUGUCCCACAGUUACAUCCUGUUUGUCAGAGACCCACCCAUCUAAUAUUCAUGUAUCUGUAUGUAAAGUAUGUGGAAUAUGACACAGCAGAAUAAUCCUUUUGAGUGGACUCAUAGCGUGAUCCAGAGCAAACCAAUGAAGAGAUGUUUAGAAUCUCCAAAGACCGGUGUCAUGGACUGAAAUGUCCCCAAACCUCCAUCGGACUCAAUCUCUUUCCCUGACAGAUUCUUGUGGGUCUUUCUGUGUUUGUGUGUGCAUUAACGUCAUUCUUCCCCAACAGCCCCUAAGUUAAGAAGGUAGUCUAGUUAGAGAGCAGAACUGUUCACUCUUUGGAAUGUUUCUGUACAUUUUUCAGAACAUAUUGUCUGGUACGAUGGAGAGUGUAUAUUUAUUGAAAUUAAAGAUCUAUUUAUUUGUGCCAUGCA